GUCGAGUCUCGUGAGUUCAGUUUAUUCUAAACAAAAAUGGCUGCCAGCAUUGUGGGAGCUACGUUGUUCGUCUCGCUUUUUCUUCUUGGUCAUGGCCUUAGACUCAACAAAGAGCCAUGCUAUCGUCCAGAAAUGGACAAAGACAUAAAAGAUGUCGUAAAGACACCACUGCCACAUAAAGUUCUGAAUGUAGAAGACCUACCAAAAGCUUGGGAUUGGCGUGACAUUAAUGGUGUCAAUUACGUAAGUCAAACAAGAAACCAACACAUUCCUCAGUACUGUGGUUCAUGUUGGGCCCAUGGAACAACCAGUGCUCUUGCUGAUAGAAUCAACAUAAUGAGAAAAGCAGUUUGGCCGUCAGCACUUUUGUCAGUCCAAAACGUCCUUGAUUGUGGUAAUGCUGGAUCAUGCCAUGGAGGAGGAAACAUAGGAGUCUAUGCUUACGCACACCAGAAUGGUAUUCCAGAUGAAACAUGCAAUAACUACCAAGCUAAGGACCAGAAAUGCCUUCCGUUUAACCAAUGUGGGACAUGUACCACUUUUGGCCAAUGUCAUGUCAUCAAGAAUUACACUCUAUGGAAAGUUAGUGAAUAUGGUAGAGUUCAAGGACGUGACAAAAUGAUGGCUGAAAUAUACAAACGAGGGCCCAUCUCAUGUGGUGUCAUGGCAACUGAAUCCCUUGAGAAUUACGCAGGAGGAAUAUUUCAAGAAUACCACCUUACAUCUGAAAUCAACCAUUCAAUCUCGGUUGUUGGCUGGGGAGUGGAGAAUGGCACAGAAUUUUGGGUAGUCAGAAAUUCCUGGGGGCAGCCAUGGGGUGAACAAGGCUGGUUCAGAUUGCCAACAAGUGCAUACAAAGGAGGCAAGGGUAACUUCUAUAAUAUUGGAAUAGAACAAGACUGUUCUUGGGCUGUUCCAAUUUUGCCCUAAUGUAGGACUCAAAGAAAUUAAACAAAAAAAAAACGAUUUGACAAUGUACUUUCUUAUUUCUCAUUAUUAUCAAUUGUAUGUUGCAUCUUAAAGUUGAAAUUUUGGAAAUAAGAAUUCCAAACUUUACCAUGUUGUAAUUUA